AUGGCUUCCAAGGAGAGCCAGAUGACCGCCACGCUCCUGACUUCCAUCCUGGCAGCUGUGUUCGGCUCCCUCCAGAUCGGCUACCACACAGGCAAUGUCAACGCCCCAGCAAGGAUCAUCGAGGAGUUCUUCAACCACACCUGGUGGUCCAGACAUAAUCAGUCGAUGCCAGAUCACAGCCUGACCUUCCUGUGGUCCCUCUCCGUCAGCAUCAAGGACUUUGGAGCCCUGCUGGGGUCACUAGGGGUCAAGUGUCUGGCUGACACCUUCGGCAGGCGUAACUCCAUCCUGAUAGUGAAUGCCCUGUCGGUGGUGGGAGCCUGUCUGAUGUUUGCCUCUAAGGCCAAUGAGUCCUUUGAGAUGCUGAUCGUUGGCCGGCUAGUGUUCGGUCUGUUCUGUGGCCUUGUGAUGAGUCUCAACCCUCUCUACAUCCAGGAAGUCUCCCCCACCAACCUCAGAGGGGCCUUCGCUACCCUCAACCAGGUCUCCUUCGCUACGGGCAUACUCCUGGGCAUGGUAGCUGGUCUUGAAACAGUGCUGGGGACAAAAGAGCUGUGGGCUAUGAUGUUAUCCCUGUCUCUGAUACCUGCCCUGCUACAGUACCUGGCCCUCCCCUUCUGCCCUGAGAGCCCCAGAUACCUGCUCAUCAACCGCGGUCAGGAGAGCCAGGCAGAGACUGCCCUGUGGCGUCUGAGAGGCCCGUCAGACGAGGUGUUCACGGAGCUGGAGGAGAUGAAGCAGGAGGCGGCUCACACCCAAUCAGCCCUCACCGUCAAGGAGUUCUUCACCAAACGCUCCUACCGACAGCCAAUCAUCAUCGUCCUCAUCGUUAACCUGGGCUCCCAGCUCUCAGGCUUCAAUGCGAUCAUCAAUUAUUCCACCAAGAUGUUUGACAAGGCUAACUUUGACGAAGCCAAGUAUCUGACGCUGGGGGUGGGGGCCGUGAACGUGGCCUUCACUCUGGUGGCGUUCUUCCUAAUGGAGAGGGCGGGGCGUAGGAAACUACUGCUGACUGGCUUCCUGUGUCUAGCUGUGUGCAACCUCUCCAUGACCGUCAUAGACUCAGUCCUGUUCCUUGUCCCAGAGCUGCGUAGCCUGCAGGUAUUGGUCGUGUUCUUCCUGAUCUCAGCCUAUGAGGUGGGACCUGGUCCUAUUUCCUGGUUCAUCGCUGCAGAGCUGUUUGACCAGCCAGCCAGACCAAUCGCCAUGGCCUUCACCAGCAUGCUCAACUGGGGAGGGAAGUUCAUGCUGGCCCUGCUCUUCCCUCCACUACUGAAACUGUGUGGUCCUUAUGUGUACCUCCUCUUUAUGACCAUGGCUCUGGCAGCCUUCAGCUUCACUUGGAGACGCCUACCUGAGACCAAGGGACGCACCUUCGAUGACAUCGCAGCUGAGUUCCGAGAGUCCGAGGGCAUCCCCCUGCACAUUAAGACUGGUUUCAACACCUUCCCCUGACCUGACCGCCCUGGCCCCCUCUCACCUUACCCCUCCCCCUACCCAGAGGUCGGAGGUUGUACUGGGGGUCACCGAGGUCUUCUUGUGGUCAACCUUCGCUUGGGACAAAUGUUUUAUUGUAUUUAACCUUUUGCUUAACCAGGUAGUCAGAACACGACCUCUAACACAAGGGAGACAUGGUGGGACUGAUACAGGACUUCAGGUUGUGGCCUCCCACAAUGUUGUCUGUUUUCUGAUGACGUGUACAUUUAUAAACAUCAAAAAUACGAUUUCCUCUGUUACUGUAUAGUCACGCAUAUGUACCAUAAAAUGGAUAAAUAUUAGUAUCUGUAUUGUUGGAUUGAGGCAUUACGAUAACUUGUUUUCAGAUCCAUAUCAUUGAAUAUUAAAAGUGAAGCUCCUGUAUAUAAGAGAUUAUAGGAGAUCCAGACUCUUAUCUAUAAGAGUUUAUAAGAGUCUGAAGCUCCCGUACAUGAGUUUAUAAGAGUCUGAAGCUCCCGUAUAUAAGAGUGAAGCUCCCCUACAUAAGAGUUUAUAAGAGUCUGAAGCUCCCGUACAUGAGUUUAUAAGAGUCUGAAGCUCCCGUAUAUAAGAGUCUGAAGCUCCCGUACAUAAGAGUUUAUAAGAGUCUGAAGCUCCCGUACAUAAGAGUUUAUAAGAGUCCGAAUCUCCCGUACAUAAGACUUUAUAAGAGUCUGAAUCUCCCAUACAUAAGAGUUUAUAAGAGUCUGAAGCUCCCGUACAUAAGACUUUAUAAGAGUCUGAAGCUCCCGUAUAUAAGAGUCUGAAGCUCCCGUAUAUAAGAGUCUGAAGCUCCCGUACAUAAGAGUUUAUAAGAGUCUGAAGCUCCCGUACAUAAGACUUUAUAAGAGUCUGAAUCUCCCGUACAUAAGACUUUAUAAGAGUCUGAAUCUCCCGUACAUAAGAGUUUAUAAGAGUCUGAAGCUCCCGUACAUAAGACUUUAUAAGAGUCUGAAUCUCCCGUACAUAAGACUUUAUAAGAGUCUGAAUCUCCCGUACAUAAGACUUUAUAAGAGUCUGAAGCUCCCGUACAUAAGAGUUUAUAAGAGCCUGAAUCUCCCGUACAUAAGAGUUUAUAAGAGUCUGAAGCUCCCGUAUAUAAGAGUCUGAAGCUCCCGUACAUGAGAGUUUAUAAGAGUCUGAAGCUCCCGUACAUAAGACUUUAUAAGAGUCUGAAUCUCCCGUACAUAAGAGUUUAUAAGAGUCUGAAGCUCCCCCAUACAUAAGACUUUAUAAGAGUCUGAAUCUCCCGUACAUAAGAGUUUAUAAGAGUCUGAAUCUCCCGUACAUAAGACUUUAUAAGAGUCUGAAUCUCCCGUACAUAAGAGUCUGAAGCUCCCCCAUACAUAAGACUUUAUAAGAGUCUGAAUCUCCCGUACAUAAGAGUUUAUAAGAGUCUGAAGCUCCCGUACAAAAGACUUUAUAAGAGUCUGAAUCUCCCGUACAUAAGACUUUAUAAGAGUCUGAAUCUCCCGUACAUAAGACUUUAUAAGAGUCUGAAGCUCCCGUACAUAAGAGUUUAUAAGAGCCUGAAUCUCCCGUACAUAAGAGUUUAUAAGAGUCUGAAGCUCCCGUAUAUAAGAGUCUGAAGCUCCCGUACAUGAGAGUUUAUAAGAGUCUGAAGCUCCCGUAUAUAAGACUUUAUAAGAGUCUGAAUCUCCCGUACAUAAGAGUUUAUAAGAGUCUGAAGCUCCCCCAUACAUAAGACUUUAUAAGAGUCUGAAUCUCCCGUACAUAAGAGUUUAUAAGAGUCUGAAUCUCCCGUACAUAAGACUUUAUAAGAGUCUGAAUCUCCCGUACAUAAGAGUCUGAAGCUCCCCCAUACAUAAGACUUUAUAAGAGUCUGAAUCUCCCGUACAUAAGAGUUUAUAAGAGUCUGAAUCUCCCGUACAUAAGAGUUUAUAAGAGUCUGAAUCUCCCGUACAUAAGAGUCUGAAGCUCCCGUACAUAAGAGUUUAUAAGAGUCUGAAUCUCCCGUACAUAAGAGUUUAUAAGAGUCUGAAUCUCCCGUACAUAAGAGUUUAUAAGAGUCUGAAGCUCCCGUAUAUAAGAGUCUGAAUCUCCCGUAUAUAAGUGUUUAUAAGAGUCUGAAUCUCCCGUACAUAAGAGUUUAUACGAGUCUGAAUCUCCCGUACAUAAGAGUUUAUGAGUCUGAAGCCCCUGUACCUGAUGAAACAUUGAACUUCUUGUGGCGUGGUUCUCUUCCAUUGGACAGAAGCGUUCCUCACAACUAUUUGCCUCUGAGCAGCUUCACCUAAGCAGUAAGGUCAACACUUUACAGUAAGGUACCAUUUGUAAAGAGUCUGUAAAGGUUUAAGUGAUUAUUUAAGCAUUUAUAAAUGCAUUAUAAAUCAUUAAUAAGUAAGGGAUAAUCAACGAGGGGCUAUGCGUUUUUGGGAAAAUAAUGAUUGACGUGGGACAAAACUUCCACAGAGUUACAUUAUUUUCCAGAGAACGCAUAGAGCCCCUCGUCCCUUAUAUACCGAGGCUAUAGACAGGUUGGUUGUUUAGCAACAAUUACGGAGCAAAACAGACGUGGUAUGUUUUACAACAUGUAAACUAUAAUUUGUCUCUAAUGUUUUAUUGAAAACAUAAA